AUGGUCUACCACCGCAAGUUCGCCGCCACCACAACAAGCCUUCGUCAAGCUCAUCUUCAAGUUCAGCUUCGAUCCAAGUAUUCUUCAGUGGCGUUGUUUUGUCUGGAAAACCUGCUGCUCGACAAGGAUGGCCAUAUUAAAAUUGCCGAUUUCGGGCUGUGCAAAGAGGAUAUAUCGUUCGGCGACCGGACGAGCACUUUCUGCGGAACACCCGAAUAUUUGGCGCCUGAGGUUCUCGAAGACAACGACUACGGUCGUCAGGUGGACUGGUGGGGUGUCGGGGUGGUGCUGUACGAAAUGAUGUGCGGCCGGUUGCCCUUCUACUCAAAGGACCACAAAAAGCUGUUCGAGCUGAUCAUGAUCGGCGAGCUGCGCUUCCCCUCCAAGCUCAGCCCCGAGGCCAAGAAUCUGCUCAUCGGGCUGCUCGUCAAGGACCCCACGCAACGGCUUGGCGGCGGACCAGAUGAUGCUCUUGAAAUCACACAGCACGACUUCUUUGCCCCAAUCGACUGGCAAAAACUGUAUAACAAGGAGAUUGAGCCGCCAUUCAAACCGUUGGUCACGUCGGAGACGGAUACUUCGUAUUUUGAUAAGGAAUUCACCUCCGAGGCCGUCCAAUUGACGCCGCCUCCAGCCCGUGCUGGCCCCCUCGCUACCGUAACCGAAGAGCUCGAGGAUAUGCAGAACAAUUUUGUGCAAUUCUCCUUCCACCAACAUGUCAACAGUCUCCGCGAAAAUGCCGAGAUGAUGGAG